AUGUCCUUGAACUACGGUGAGGGCUUUGCGUCGGCCUGGUCUCGUCUCAGUUCGGAGAUCGCGAAAGCAGAAGACAUUCCCGAACCACGAAAUAUUGUUGCUAAGCGGUUUGGGCUUGAUCCUGUCAACGGGCAAUCGUUUCAUUCCUGGUGCGAGAAGCAAUUCGAGCUCGGGAAUGAUUAUGAUUACUUCAAGUUGGCCUCAGUUCACACACGGCGGUCGUAUCUGAGGAGGAUCGGUGCAUCUUCGGAUGCCUGUGAUUCUGACGAUCCCGCUUACACUACCGAGAUAGAGGAGAAGGAUGAGGAGUUGGAUGAUCCACCAGGAGGAGUGAUAUCCGAAUUGGUGCGAGACUUCGACAAGACAGACUUCUUCGGCGAGGAUAAGGGGAAUGAUGACGAGUCGGAAGAAUUCCCAGAUGGAUUCACAGCGGUUUUCGAGCUACUGCGGGGACAUGUGGUGGAGGAUUUCGAUGAGUUAGAUUUCUUCUGA